AUGGAAAGCCGAGAUUUCGCUCCUCCGCACCACCUCCUGACGGAGCGGAGCGCCUUGGUCCACAGCGCCGCGUCUCGGAUGGCUUCAGGCGGCCACGGCUCCGUGCAGCACCCCGCUCACUUCCAGCCGGGGAAGUACUACUCGUCCCACCUCUCCAUGGGUCCACACUCAGGUGCUUCCUUCAUGGGUUCCUUCCUGGCCAGCAGUCUGGGGUCGCCGCCCUCCCACCCGCCUCACCCCUCGGGACCUGCUGCCUCCCCCUCCUCCCCCUCCUACAGGCCUGGACCCCAUUCGAGCGCUUCCCCUAUCUGGUUCCCCCAUUCACAUGAAGGGUACCCCAGCUAUUCAGGAAGUCUUGCUUCUCCUUUUCUCCCCAUGAGUCCCCUGGAUCACCAUAGCAACAGUCUCUACGGACAGCACCGCUUCUACGAAACUCAAAAAGAUCACUUUUACCUGAGGGGCCUUCCUCCUCAGCCCCCUCUGCUCUCCACCAGUCACAGCCUUCAUCCGCUGUCCAGGUCGGCCCCGGGCCACUCAUAUGGCUCCUGCAGCCGAGAGACGGAUAACGGGGGAGGCGGCGGGAAGAGCACCAAGGACGUGGGUGAGAAAGGAGUUUCAUCUGUGUCAAAGGCGAAGGAGCGAUCGAGCAGCAAGGAGCGGCACCAGGAGAGCAAAGAAAAACAACAUCAGCUUCAUCAUCACCAUCCUCAUCAGACGAACCCUGCCGCCACUCCUUCUGGCCACCACCACCAAGCUUACCCCCACCCUCACCAUGCCCUCCUUUCACACCUCACACCACAGGACAGGGAGGAGGACCACAGACACUCUCUGGAGCGACACAAGGAGUACAGAGACAGUGACUCAGCCAGUCAGGAGACGAAACACAUGAGUGCCUGUAAACUGUCCGGUGGUUCGACAGCAGAGACUGGCUCUGGAGGGAAAGGGGGAGCGCUGAGCAGCUGCAAUGGAGGUGGGGUUAGUAGACCUCCUUCUGGAGGAGGGAGGCGGUGCUCCAAGGAUGGACCCAUAAACGGGGAGAUGAGGAUCAGUGAAUCCUCAGCUUCUUCCAAUGAAUGUAUGAGAAGAGGUGCGGCUGCAGCAACAGCCAUCAUGGCACCUCCAAACCCGCACACUGUGGCCUCCUACUCCAUGCCUCCGCCACCUCCUCCUCAUGCUUUGCACAUGGGCUCCACAGUGGCAGGAGGGUGGCUACACCACGCACAUCACCAUCCUCACCCUGAGUUCUACUGUCCCCCAGCCCCUCUCACACUGACACCAUCCAAAGAUUCAGCAUCCACCCCUGGAGGGUCUGGCAGGGAGGCGAGAGUAAUUGGCCCAACUUACGUGCCCUCAGUCGGGCCCCUAGGAGACCUUGCAGCUACUGACUGUCGUGGAGCAGGAGGAGGUGGGAGAAAGUCAGAUGAUAAGAGCGGAGAAGGAUCUUAUGGAAGUCCCUCUCAUCACCUCAGCCGACUUAGUGCUUGCCAAAAGAAAGACAAAUCGCAGCCACACCAGCAGCAGCUGGGAUACGGCAAAGCUGACAAACCUCCUGACUGGAGCCACCAGACCCAGCACUUCCACAAAUCCAGCUCCAACGUGAGCUCUCAGUCUGAACUGCGGUCCUGCGGCAUGGACAGAUCUUCAUCCUUCAGAGAUGUAGAGGUUGUGGACGAUGUUUACCGGGCCUCACUCCCACUAGAGGCCCAGGGGACACACCUUGGUGGUGGACAGGGCACACCCAAGAACAGCUCCGACACCAGCACUCCCCCCUUUAGGGACUGUUCCCACUCAGGUCCUCAUCCUGAUGGGAGGGGGGGAUCAGGGGCAACAUCUCAGAGGGAGGGACAAAAGGUUGCAAGGAUCCGGCAUCAGCAGCACAGCAGCCAUGGAACAAAUACAGAAGAGAGGGGAAGAGACAGGGGUCAGACGGAGCCUUCCUGGGGGGCUCGAGGGGGCUACCAAGAGGACCAGAGAAAAAGCUCCCAUCAUGCACCUGUUGGUAACGGUGAAGUAAGAGGGCUCAGCAUCAGAGCUCCAAACAGUGACCACAACCAGCCCCAUUCUCAACCACCUCCUCCCUUAUCUCGCUCCUCGUCGCACACCGCUGAGGGUGAGGGCAGCGCCAUGAAGAAUCUAAUGAACUACAGCUCCCAGCAACCUUUGCUUCUGCCACAGCGGGGCCCUUUCGGAGGCCUGGGUGGCCUCAAGCAGGGCGGAGAGAGAUCAGAGAAAGGGGAACGUGGAGGAGCAAAAAGUAACUCUUCACUGCAAGAUCCUCCCAAACAAUCGCUGCCUCCUCGCCGAGGCUCCACUAACGAGGGAGAGAGGGGGGACAGAGGUGGGAAGGAGGCCGGGGAGGCAGGUGAGGGGGAGGUGCGACAGCCUCCAGUGGGUAUUGCGGUUGCGGUAGCCAGGCCCCCCCAUCGUUCCCCAGACAACACCCCUGGACACAGCAGACAGGGCAGGGUGCUGCCCAGCAUGAAAGGAGUGUCACGCCACGUGUAUCCUCUUGGCCGGGAGGCAGAGGAGAGAAAGAGGAUGACAGAGGAACAGAUCAGCCUUCAUCACCUGGACAGAGAAAGAGAAAUGAUCAUCAGGGAAAACAAGGACCGCGUGGAGUUCGCCAGGAUCCACCCAUCUAGUAGUUGCCACGGUGACCUGACCUCUCACCUCUUGGUUCCCGGAGGGGCCAGUAGGUUAGGGGCGGACCCUGCUGCACAUGCUCACCCGGCUCACCACCACUGGAUGCAAAGGACAGGAAGUCCCUCCCUCUGGAUGGGUCAUUCAUACAGUCUGAGUCACGUAGGAAUGAGCCCCGGCUUCCCACCAGGUCUGCCCAGCUCUCUGCAGCCUGUCUUGGGGUCACUCACCCAAGACCCCAACUCCCCCCUGGUGGUUCUCCCUACAGAACCGGGGCCUCAUCAUCACCUCGACGUUUUGGAGCAGUCAGGUCUGUGGCCCCCUAUGUACGGAGGCAGAGGCCCCCCUUCUCAUCUGCAGCAUCACCCCGUCUACUCCCGCUCCUCAUUCCUACGGCAACAGGAGCUGUACGCCCUGCAGCAUCAGCACCAGCAGCAGCAGCGAGCCAUGGAACACAUGCAGCGCCACUCCUUAGGACAGAGAAAACACGAAGAGCAUGCUAUCACCAUAGAGGACUCUUCUCACGAAUCCUCCGCAUCUGCAACUCCCCCCUCUUCAUCCUCGUCUUCGUUCUCCACUUCCUCACACAUGGCCAAACCCUUCUCUCACACCCCGCCUCCACCCAAGACGCCCACGCCGUCUCCGGGGAUGUGUCCCAGCAGCCGCCAGUCACCCUGCUACCACUCCCCGUCCAGGCGACCUCACCCGCCAAACCCUCUGACCCCUGCUCCAAGCCCGGCAGCAGCCGCGCCCCGCUCCCCGGCACUCAGCCCUGCUCCUUUACACCUCUCUAAGGGGCUGGAUAGGGGCAGUGAAAGAGGAGAGGGACAACCACCUCAGGACUACCCACAAUCCCUAGAGCCAGACCUACCACCUGUUUACACCUACCCUCCAAUCACCAUGGGUUUCAAGGCCGGGCCCUCACCUCCUGAAGCUCGAUUGGCUGAACAAGCCACGGUGGAGGCGGAGCUGGCAGAGCCAGCAGAGCCAGACUCCAAGACACUCCCACUUCCUUGCCACACCACAGAAGAAGAGCAGACCAGGGAAGAAGAGGAUGGGAGAGACUGUGUGGUGGUGGAAUCCCAGAGUGGAGUCGCAGAGGAAGAAAAGGAAGAAAGGUGGGUGAAAGCGAAAGGAUGCUCCGAGCACGAGAGCAAGAUUAUUGGAUUGCCAGCAUGCCCUUCUCCAGGAACGAUUCCAGAUCCAGCCUGCCCGUCCACAGCCUCGGGCAGAGCCCUAAAAGUAGAGCUCUCUCUGGGCUGCCCUGGCCAGAAGGUCAACCUGGAGGAGCCCAAACUAUCCAAAGAACAUAAGGAUGAUGAGGAACAUGAAAAAGAGGACAUUGAGGAAGUUGAGGGAGAGACAAUUGGGCCUGAACCAACAGAAUGUACCGUCUCUGUGUGUGAAGAGGAGGAGGAGGUGGAGAAGGAUGGGGACAAAAAUGCAGAGAAUGUAGAGGUGGUUGAGGUUGAGGAGGAAGAGAAGGGGAGUAGGAUGAGUGCAGGCGAGGAUUUGGUGGUAGUAAAGUGCAACUCUCCUGCUCCCUCCUUGUCCUCUGACCUUGUCCUAUGUCCUGGACCGAGUACGGCGGUCCAGCUCCAAGGGGCCUACAUGUGGAGCCUAGAGCUCCUGAUCGCCGCGGCUCUGUGCGCCACCAGAGAUGCCUUGUACCCGCCAGCACCUGCUGUCCGGGCCCCAAGCCCUCCACCACACCACGGAAUGGAGAUACUGGGAGAACUUGCCGACCUGGAGAUCCAGCACAGGAGAAGAGAGAGCAGAGAGAAAGACCCUGAGGGUGAGGACAUGCUGACCUUUGACCUCCACAGUCUGGCGACGCUGGCGGCCGCCCGUGCCCUGGAGAUGGGGGGAGGGGUCGUAGGUGUGGGGGCGGACCAGCAGUGUCCAAUCAGGAAGAGGCUCAACCUGCGCAGGAAGUGCAGCUGGACUCCUCGCCACGAGCCGGUGUGCCCAGUGAAGGGCUCCAUGGAGACGAUGGGAGGGGAGGAGCUGGCCAUGCGUGUCCAGCUGGCUGAGCUACAGCGCCGCUACAAAGAGAAACAGAGAGAACUGGCCAAGCUACAGAGGAAACACGACCACCAGAAAGAGGAGACGUCUCGAAGUCCUGCCCGCCGGGGGCCCGGCCGCCCCCGCAAGCGCAAGUCCACCCCCGGCCCAGCUGCUGCAGAGAGCUCCAAAAGACUCAGAGUGGGGCUGAAUUUACUGGAGGAAAAAGCCAGGAAGAAAUUGUCCAAUCACGGCUUCAACAGCCUCAGCACUGCACAGAUGAAAGCUCGCUGUAAGCACAGAGGCCGGCCCAGCACCCUGAGCUCCAGACUGGCCAGGCGGGUGACCCAGCUGAAGCAGAAGGCUGUGGCCCAGCGUGGUGCACCGUCGGCAAACAUGCUGCACCGCAGAGGGGCCCCUGGUGAGGAAGGAUCCUCCAACAGUCACUGCAGACAAGGAAGAAAAGACCUGCAGCUGGACUGGACGACUGGUCAGAAUGUGAAGAGGAGGAGGGGUCGAAAGCCCAAGGUGCUGAUGGCCGUCAACACAAACAGAGCUCACCACAAGGAUGGCCGGCCCUCUGAGAAACAGAGCGUUAGGGAGGAGAGGAGUGACAGCGACAGCUCGGAGGGCGAGGAGGAGGCGGAGGAGGACGGCAGCUACGCCAGCGAAGAUGGAGCCGGUGACAUCAAGAUUAGCUCAUCCUCUAAAGAAGCUCCUGCAAACCCUGCUGGGAUUGUGCCUUUUUCAUCGCAGUCCUCCAUGCUCCAAGAACACCAGAAAGCCAGGAGUAAGAGACCAGGGCCUCCCGGCAUGAGGAGCGUGGCCCGUGCAGAUCACAGGAGAGCCCCCAGAAGGCCGAGCCUCGACAACACAGAAAGGGGACAUCCAGUCCACCAAGGGACCAAAAGAGCGUCUCUGCCCAGCUGGGGUGUGUCGUCAGUGGGCUCCAGCUUUGGGGACGGCCAGGGGAACCAUGGAUCUAUGACAGCAGUAAUCAGGGCCAGCAGGGAAGCUUUAAGGAAGAGCUCAUCGGGACAGAGAAUUCUGGGAAAGGCCAAGGGCCACGCAGUGAGCCGGCUCCUGCAGAGCUUUGCAGCCGACGACGGCUUUCAGUUGGAUGAGGAAAGCAGCUUCUCUGAGGGCGAGGAGGAGGAAGAGGAAGAGGAGGAGGAGGAGGAAGAGGAGGAGGAGAUAAAGUUGAUCCAUCUCCCUCCCAACAUGCCAUGCAGAAUCCCUGCCCUGCCAAACUGUGUGCUGAGUAAAGAGAUGUUGGUGGACGGCCUGAAGAUCCUGAUCUCCAAGGAGGACGAGCUGCUGUACGCUGCCUGCGUCCAAACAUUGGACCUGCCUGACAUAUUCAGUGUUGUCAUCGAAGGAGAACGAGGGAAUCGCCCCCGGAUCUACUCGCUGGAGCAACUACUACAGGAAGCUGUGUUAGACGUACGGCCUCAGAGCGAGGCCAUCCUGACUGCAGGGACGCGGGUGUGUGCGUACUGGAGCGAGCGCUCUCGCUGUCUUUACCCCGGAUACGUCCAUCGAGGAGGCCCAGGUGAGGAAGAGAAGGAGGGCAGUGUGAUGGUGGAGUUUGAUGAUGGAGACAGGGGUAGGAUCUCCCUUGCGAACAUUCGGCUUCUGCCCCCAGGAUACCAAAUCUGUUGUGCGGAACCCUCUCCAGCUCUGCUGAUCUCACCUGGGCACCGCGGGAGACGAAGCUCCACCCAGGAGAGGAGAGACACACCCACAGAGAAACCAGCCAAUGAUGAGCUAGCAGGGAGACCCCAAGAGAAAAGACCAGUUGGCAGACCGAAGAAAGUCCACUCGGUGCCUAAGACGGCCAGCACACCAACAUCAGUAACAGACACUUUAACCAAAGGCAGCACUUCCUUGUUGAACUGGUCAGCUCCCAAGAAGAGACCGCCGGUUGACUUCUUCCUCUUCAACGGGACAUCUCGCAAGACCCAGAGGAGGACACGAGAGCGGGACUUGGGGUUGUUUCAUCGACCCGCCUCCCACCUCCUCGCACCCCCGACGCCUUUCAAAGGCAUCUUUGGCUCCCCUUUUGAAGGUGACUCGUUCAGUAGCAUUGCCAACAGCUACUCCACCUUCAGAAGCGGUGGGAGCUCUGGAGCGGGGCGGCCGGUGGCCACAGCAGCUUCCACGGGGCUCCGGGACUCUUCGUCCUCUGUUUGCUCCUCAGCUGUCACCGUGGCGACGGUAGCUGGAAGCAAGAAGCCAGUGAGCGAACGCGACAGGAAACAGCUCCUGGUGAAGCUGGACCAUGAGGGAGUCACCUCCCCUAAAACAAAGAACGGCAAGGCCCUGCUUCGCCUCAGUGGAAGUGGAGGAAAAGGAGGCAAGACUCUCUCCUCCACUGGGGCACCGCUGCGAUACAUCCACCCUGCCCUGACGGUGAAGGAGGGCAAGAAGGGGGGAGGGGAAAGAGACGGCGCUGGGGUCCGUUCUGAGCCCAUUGUAAAGGGCGCCCCACCUCUGAGAAAGGAUCCGCUGUCAGCAGGUCUUGGAGUCCAAGGUGGGGAUUACAGUCUGGACUACCCGAGUGACUGCCCCAGCUCCUACUCUGAGCUGGAUGAGGAUGAUGAGGAUGAUGGUCAGGAUGCUGAAGCACCUCGAAGUAGUUCUGCGGACGCGUCCCACCGCGGAAGCCGUUUUCUCUCCCGUCUCUCCGCCUGCUUCUCUUCCUCCUCCUCCUCCUCUUCCUCCUCCGGCUCUGUCUCCUCCUCGUCCCUCUGCUCGUCAGACAACGACUCCUCCUACUCAUCUGACGAAGAGUCCUCCUCUGUGCUGCUGCGCCGCGCACUGCUCCAGCAGGACAAACACAAGCACAGGCAGAACAUGACCUCCGACCUCCUGAGCCCUGACCCCACCACCUCGGGUUCCCCUCCCUCAGCGGCAGCCCCGGCACACGGCUAUGUGGCCAAGGCCAGCAUGGCCGUCUCGGGGUCAAAGGUGAGGGCUGACAGAAGAGACGACAGGAAGGAGUUCAUGUCAAAAGGAAGUACGGCGGGUAACAGUAGCACCGCUAAGAACCAGCUGAAGAGGAAAGAAGGAAUUUCUAGCAGCCACCAUCAGAGGCAGAGCAGUCCAGUGAGCCAGCAGCCCAAACCUGCAUCCAAGGACCCGGCAACAGCUAAGAGGCAGCGGAUGUCUUCACCUGAGCCUCUGCCCAACAUGGCUCGCCUUCUGCCUGGACGCCAGCUCUGGAAAUGGUCCGGCAACCCCACACAGAGGAGAGGUCUGAAGGGCAAAGCCCGCAAGCUCUUCUACAAGGCCAUCGUGAGGGGCAAGGAGACGGUGCGUGUCGGGGACUGUGCCGUGUUCCUGUCACCUGGUCGGCCCCAGCUGCCCUACGUGGGCAGAGUGGAGAGCCUCUGGGAGUCGUGGAGCUCCAGCAUGGUGGUCAGGGUCAAGUGGUUUUACCACCCGGAGGAGACUCGCCUGGGGAAGCGACACCGCGACGGCAAGAAUGCCCUGUACCAGUCGAGCCACGAGGAUGAGAAUGACGUUCAGACCAUCUCCCAUCGCUGCCAGGUGUUGAGCAGGGCUGAGUACGAUCACCUGACGCAUGAACGUAAGCCUGGCAGCGCGGAGAACGACCUGUUCUACUUGGCCGGAUCCUACGAGCCCACCACGGGCCAGCUGAUCAGUGCGGACGGCAUGGCCAUUGUGUCCUAGCACCAUCGGCUGGAGAAUGAUCCAAAUAUUGAACCUGAACUCUGGAGACGAAUACUUCCAGGAUGGUCCUUCAGAACGGAGCUGGAGACAGAGGGGGAACCAAGACAAAGAGCUGUGACUCUGCGUAUUGAUCUGUCCCUUUGUAAGAGAAGGAGCUAGCCCACUGGAUAAAGCCCGACAGUACUGGCACUUAUAGGAGCCUGGUUUGUUCUGGGGAAAAAAAAUCUGAUCCAUGUCAGAUUUAACCUCUUUAUCAGAUGUGGACUGAGGCCUCUUGUUGCAACGAGAUAUUACAGCCUUUCCCUUUGGCUGAAAUCACAGAGCAUCUCGUCACUGCAACAAGAUUACUGCAACAAAAGAGCAGGAACCAAGGACAUGAGCACUUUGGAGUACACUCGCUUGGAUAUGCGAUGGAGGGAGGGCGUCAGACUUGGCUUUCUGAAACAAAGACUGACUCAGAGAGCGGGAGAGACUGAAUGGUAAGCAGAGACUUACUGUAAACCACACUGGUUUGGAGGGUUUCGAUGGUCUUAUACUGGUAGUUUGACUAUGACAGCGUGAUCGGGAGAUCCCCAACAGGACCAAAAAAAAAACACUGUAGUUCGGACUUUGUGUGUAAGCGCAUAUAUGUGUGUGUGUUUGCAGAGCGGAUGCGAUGACCCUGUUAGGCAUUUAAUGAGCUCUAAGUAAAUAGUGCUUUAACGUGAGUGUGUGUUUGAGCUGUAUGUGUGGUCGUGCACGUGUUCACCCUGCGCUCAUCAAGCAGGGAAGGACGUCAUGACGCCGUUGGUAUGUCGGUAACACUCUGAAUAUGAAUCAGUCCUGAACUAAACGUGCAGUUUUCAGUCGCGACUGAAACACGAAAAAAUGUCUUCUCCUGUCAAGCCAUACACGUCGAUACCUCUCUCUCUCUCAUACCCUCCAGUUCGGGGAUGCGAAGACACAUGUACAGGUAGUUGGAUUGUUUAUUUGAAAUGUGAGUGCAUGGUGGUGUGAGUGCGUACGUGUGAGUGGGCGUGUGUUUGUUGCUUUGUACAGCAUCAUGUGUAAUAUAACAAGUUGUAAAUAGUAUACAUAUAUAUUUGUUCUUGUUUUUUUUGUUGAUUUCUUUUGCAGAGAAGAUUAUUUUAUUUAGA